GCGCUGAAUAUGUGAAUCUUCAAUGUUUCUAUAUGAUCGUUCUAUUAGAAUUGUUCCUUUACUGGCGUUUUGAUUAUUUUUAUGGGCUUUGUGUGUCUAAAAGGAAUUCCCCUCAAGUAGUUCAGGUGAGUUUGCCUUGUGACGUGAAUAACAGCCAAUGGUCGUUUUACUAAGCUGUGUACAUAUUAUACAUGUAGGUGACUCUUUACUUCAACAUCGCUUCUUAAACACUCUACAGUUAAGCUUAUACUUUUUGCUCAAAAAAUUAAGAACAAGUAACAACGAAUUUUGUCAUAUUUAGUUAUGUAGUCAUCGUAAUGGGUUCGUUCCAUGUGAUUUCUAUGUAAAAGCCGCUGUUAGCCAGAGCUAAAUGUAUUGCACGAAUUUUCAUCUCCCCUUCGGGUUCUCACGCAAUGAAUUUGAUGACCUGUUCCAUAUGUUUGUUUUUUUUUUUAAUUAAUUGCAUUUUUAUUUCUUAAAACUAAAACCGUCAGGUUCUUUUUUUAUUUACAGAGAUGGAAAGUCUAAACGAUCUGGGAGAUUACCUCAACACGGAAAUCGUAUGUACCCUUGCAGGUCUUGGGUAUUCAGAAGGCAAUGACUAUUACAAAAGUCCAGAUUGUCUUGGUAGGUUGGUCACUUUUUCCAGCAAUUGCCAGUUUUAAUAUAUACCACAGAGGUGGAUGAAAUUUUUCACCUGUGCAGAUUGGCUAGUUUGAAGGUGAUAAGAAAGUACUAUUCACCUCUGAGCAGUCAAAGAGACAAAAUCAAGGGUUUAAUUUCAGAUCAUUUUGCGGUAUACUGAUAUUAAUAAAUAUUUUUUGAUAUCUAUGUAAUCUUUGUCAAUGAGAGUGAUGGACAUUUACUUCUUUGAUUCUUGGUGAAUUUCCACCACUGUUCACCUCCACUGUGGUGAAUAAUUUUUAAGUAUUGAGUAUUGCAUGAUCAAUUUGAGAUCAAGAUGUCAAUCUUUCCAAGAAUCCCUGGUUUGGAAAUGUUGAAAUCAAUCAACCUUUGGUAUGACCCUUGCAGAUGAUAGUCUAUUUGAUUUUUUCCUUAAAAAAAUAAAAUCAAUCUCAAUAACUUGAACUCUUUUUAGUUUUCAUGUUCUCUCUUUAAAAGUCAGUAACACAAGAAUAUAAAUGAAAUGACAGAGCAGUUACAACUACUUUGGAAGUCCAUUUGAAUUUAGAAUUUAACACUCAUUAAUAAAAAAAUUAUUUGACACUUUUCAGAGAGUCUUAAGGACCUUGUUAGGUUUUUACGCCGUGAUGACACCACCUGUGAGAUAAGACGUCAACUGGGAUAUUCAGAAGUAUUGCAAAAUGUAUGUGAAUAUUAGAUGCUAGUAAAAGAACAAUGAUGCCAUUGAUAGGGCAAAUAAUUAAGUGCUUGUCAACAUUGAAAGAAAAUUACUUAACACACUAAAAUAGGCUGCUACUUGAAUGAUGAUUAGAAACUCCUGGAUAUCUAGAAUUGUAUUAAUUUUACAUCAUAUUUUUUCAGGAUCUUGUCGCCAUCCUUAAGAGUUGUUCAUCUAAGGAAGGAGAAAUAUUUGAUAUGGUUAUAAGGUAAUUUAUUGAACAUGAGAUCAAUGGGAACUCUGAUCAGGUAAUAUAUAUUUACCUUCCACCUGCACCAGCAAAAGUGCAAGGUGGUGUGCCUUUAUAGUCCUCUCCUUUGUAAUCCAGCAAUGCCCUGUUUCAGGAUAUAUUUAUAAUACUUUUCAACAAAAGCAUACAUGGGGUAGUAUGGGAUAUAUGAUGCAUCAUUCAAUAUAUAUCAUCAAAUUGAAUAUCUUUCACUAAUUACAUACUCUGUUUUUAGGUUAAUGGUAAACUUAACUCAGCCAGCUGUGCUUUGCUUUGAAAAUAGAUUUUCCAUUUUUAGGUUAAUGGUAAACUUAACUCAGCCGGCUGUGCUUUGCUUUGAAAAUAAGAUUCCUGAUGACAAAACAGGCCAACAUUACUACUUGGAUCUUGUUACUCAGCUGCAGGCCUAUAAAGAGGUAUAAUUUAUAUCUUCAAGUUUAAGAAAUUGUUGAAUUGGUGAGCUGAAUUUUUCUCAUACAUGAAAUAAAGAAGUUUUUUUUUCUGGAAGAAGAUAGUUAAUGUUUGUUGCUCUUUCAGGCAUUUACAGCAAAAGAGGUGAUGUCAGUUAUUGGACGAGAGCUGGGAAGGCUGCUUCAGAUGGUAUAUAUUUCUUUUGAGAAACAUUAGACAAAAACAUGUAAAGGUCAAAUUUUUCCAUGUUAAAUUUCUCAAUGCAUUUUCAUUUUCACCCAUUUCAGAUCAUGACUGAAAUGAAUACAAGACAAAGAGAAACAUAAAAAGCUAAUUGAAAUAUUAUACGCAUAGUCUUGUCUUUUCCAUAAGAAAUAGUUGGGCAAUUUCCCCUAAGAAGCUUGAUUUUGAUAUUCUUGUCUUGAUGUGAUGUCAACUGCAUAUUACUCACUUACCUCUUCACUUUGAGAUGCAUAUAAAUGCUUUGCCUUCUUUUGUUGUUUGUGACGUUAUGAAUUGUUAUUUUUUCCAGGAAUGGGAUGACAGGCUAGAAGAAGACUCCCUAUUGAUUGAGAGAAUUCUGUUGUUGAUAAGAAACAUUCUCCACAUACCAGCAAACAAGCAAGCAGAAAAGGUACAUGUUAAUAUUGAUAUUUCUAACGCACUCUACUCUUUGUAACUUUUGUCGUACAAUUUUUAUUUUAUUUUUAUUUUAUUAUGAAAUAGAAGUUGCCAUGCAAUGACUGGGAUAAAAAAUAUCAUAGCUAGUUGAACCUCUUACAUGUCACCUGUGCCAGUGAGACCAAAGAACAAUUAGGCUGUGUGUCCUAGCUUGUUGAAUCCAGAACUUUUGGACUUUGGGUCAUAGCCUGUUGACGACAGAACUUCCAAACUUUGGGUCCUAGCCUGUUAAACCCAGACCUUUCAGACUUAAGGUCAUAGCCUGUUGACCACAGGACUUCCAACUUUGGGUCCUAGCCUGUUAAACCCAGAUCUUUCAGACUUAGGGUCAUAGCCUGUUGACCACAGGACUUCCAAACUUUGGGUCCUAGCCUGUUAAACCCAGACCUUUCAGACUUAGGGUCAUAGCCUGUUGACCACAGGACUUCCAACUUUGGGUCCUAGCCUGUUAAACCCAGAUCUUUCUGACUUAGGGUCAUAGCCUGUUGACCACAGGACUUCCAAACUUUGGUUCCUAGCUUGUUAAACCCAGACCUUUCAGACUUAGGGUCAUAGCGUUGACUACAGGACUUCCAAACUUUGGGUCCUAGCUUGUUAAACCCACAUCUUUCAGACUUAGGGUCAUAGCCUGUUGACCACAGGACUUCCAAACUUUGGGUCCUAGCUUGUUAACCCAGACCUUUCAGACUUAGGGUCAUAGCCUGUUGACCACAGGACUUCCAAACUUUGGGUUCUAGCUUGUUAACCCAGACCUUUCAGACUUAGGGUCAUAGCCUGUUGACCACAGGACUUCCAAACUUUGGGUCCUAGCUUGUUAACCCAGACCUUUCAGACUUAGGGUCAUAGCCUGUUGACCACAGGACUUCCAAACUUUGGGUCCUAGCUUGUUAAACCCAGACCUUUCAGACUUAGGGUCAUAGCCUGUUGACCACAGGACUUCCAAACUUUGGGUUCUAACCUGUUGUGGCAUUUUCCUUCAAACUCAAUUGCAUCACUUUACAAACGCACAGAAUGUCACAAUCAUGCAGCAAGUACCUAUAAUUACUUAGAACAUGCUGACUUUAUUGUGACAUGGAAGUUAUAAUGAUCAGACUUGUAUUCCUUUUGAUUCCUUCAAGGAUGGAAACUUCAAUAGAUAGAAACAAUCCCAGUCAAAAAACUCUAAAUGGGGUUGAAGUUUCCUAACUCUAACCUCCAAAUGGGUUUGAAGAAAUGUUCUCUUAUGAGAGGUUCAAACUGUAGUGUGUGAUUUCAAAGGAAUACAUUUUGUAUUUGUACAAAAUGGUCACUUGCAGGUCAGGUGGUCAGUCACAAAAGUUGCUGCAGAGUAGGGUUUCACUGCAAGUUGACCAUAUUUUCCCCUUCUGACUGCAAUUUUCUUUUUUUAUUUUAAAUUUCAUCAUUCCUGACAAGCAGAAAAUUUCCUGGCAUUUUGUUGCAUCUUUUUCAGUACUCUGCAAACCAAACAAUCCUAUAAAUCUCAGAGAAAUUUAAUUUGCAAGCAAAAAGUAUGUUAACAGAUAUAAAACGAUAGUUCUGGCUCAAUACAAAACCGAGGAUAGACAUUGUUUUGAGCUUUGGCCAAAACAAUCCUAUAAAUCUCAGAGAAAUUUAAUUUGCGAGCAAAAAGUUUGGUGACAGAUAUAGAAUGGUAGUUCUGGCUCAAUUCAAAACCAAGGAUAGAUAUUGUUUUGAGCUUUGGCCAAAAAGGUGUUUAUCCUUGGUUUUGCACCAUCCCAGAACAUAUCAUUAUAUAUCUACUAUCACUGAGACAAACACAGAAAUCUUAUUUCAUAAUUUUUUCAAAAAAAUUAUGACAUAUUAACUUAUCAAUCUUUAGUAUCACGACAAAUUAUCAUACAACAGGAUCAGCAGUAAUGUUUUAUACUCUUAUGAAGAAGUCAUGGUGUGCCACUCUGCACCCAGCUCCUUUGGGGCUUGCCUUGAUUUGUUCUCCAGUCAAAAAAGUGUCUUUUUAAAUGAGAAAUUAUCUCAGUUAUAAGUCACACUUUCAAGCUCUCUGUUGAUGAUGUUGAGCUGAGCAUCUGAGAGGAUGAAGAUGUUAUAUUUCACAUUCUCUGAGCCUGACACUUUCCUGUUAAUUGCAAGCUGAACUCCUUCUUUCGUAUUCCCAAGUCUCAAUCCACUUGCAUAAAGGUCAUUGUUUCUCAUACUCCUGAGAUUGAUGAAAGACUGAAUCUGUACCCAGCAUAAAAGUCUGUCACAUUCAUUGUGCUGUUUUCCUUUCCAAAUCUCCUGAGGACCUCUUCCCAAAUAUUUCUUGUUCCCAUUCCUUGACUGUAAACCCUGUUCAGAAUUCUAUCCACUACUACCUUCACUUCAGUGAUGUCAGGAUUGAAUGUCUUCUCACUGUCUUCAGCACCAGCAACAUAUGGCUUGUAAAAAAGAAGUCCUGUCAUUGACCUCCUUGGGACAUUGAUGCUCUCAUUGAUCAUUGUGUCUGAUCCCUUAUCUACUGAGAUUGUCUUGAGCUGAGUGAUGUGCUUGUACAUGAAUCUCUUCCAUUUGUGUGGUUAUACAAGGCCUUAUCAGCAAGUUCUUGACUGUGAAUGAUUUCAUACUCAAGCCUGAUGGUAGUCAAUUCAUAGGCAAGUUGUGUCUUAUCAGAUCCUAUCAGCAUAGGAUAUAGCAUUUGUGAAGAAACUGAAUAUAUUCUUUUCAAGUACUUGGAUAAGAACUUGAAUAAGGACUUAAAAUUAUUUAUUAACAAAUAAAAUGAGGGAUAAAGAACCCGAGACUGAAGAAGCACCAGCUCAAGCUCUUUGAGCUGGGCUGCGUAGCGCUAAACUUGAAGGGCCAAGCCUUUGAAUGGACCUCGUAGAAGUCCACUAAAAGCCCCAAGUAAGCUGGCAAAAAGCUUGCUGAAUACAACAGAAGGGUGAGGGAGGAAAAGAAGAAGAAAGGUGGUUCAAAGCAAUCGGAAGGAUUAGAACCAGAACUAGGAAACAUCAUCGUCAUUCUCACUCACUCAAAUUCUUUCAGUAGCAAGUGUAGUUCUCACUGGCUUGACUUUACUAUAAAAGAAAAGAGUUGAUGGCUCUCAUUAAUAAACCAAAACCACAGGCUCAAGCACAGCAAAGUGAGCUCAAGCCCUUCAGGGCUUACCCCUGUGAGGCUUCCUGUAAGAGUAAAGCCAAUGUUUUUUUUUUUUUUUUUUUUGUCAGAAUAAAAUGUCUGAUAAUAAGCCUGUGAAAACAUUGACUGCCUCAGCUACAUUGACUGGAUUGGCUGCCACAAUCGGAUGGGUUGCAAAGAAAGUCAUUAAGAAACCAAUGACUUCUGAUCCAAGUUCAAAUCUCAUGAACUAUGUGAAGUUCAUUGUUGUGAUCACUGCAUCUAUAGUGGCAAAACAGUGUCUUGGAGAUCAAAAGAUUUACAAUUAAGUUAGCAGAAGUCUGCACAAUCAUUUAGACUGUCCUAAUAUUCUAUAUCAGUGAUAUAGAGGCAGAUCCAAGCCUUGAAGAGGAAGAACUUUGUCAAAAGUUUCAUGAUGAAUAUAUGUUGUCAAUUUUCAACAAUGAGUGUGCAGAUAAAUAAAAUGGCAAGCAUAACAAUGAUGAUUCGAGGAGCGCUCAUCAAUGUGACUGCCUUAGUUGGUGGACGCUAUCUCACAAAGUAUUUGAGUGGAGACCAGCAUAGUGCUGUAGAAGAGAAGAAAAGGUGUGAUCUCACUGUGGAGAAGUAGCGGCACACCAUGAUCUCUUCAUAAGAAGAUACAACAUUGCUGCUGAUCCUGCAUGAUUAAAUUUGUUCUGAUACUUAACAUUUACAAGUUAAUGUGUCAUAAUUUUUUGAAAAAAUUAUGAUUUGAGAUUUCCAUGUUUGUCUAAGUGAUAGUAGAUAUAUAAGACACUUUCUAGGAUGGUGCAAAACCAGGGAUAAACAUUGUUUUGGGUGAAGCUCAAAACAUUGUUUAUCCUAGGUUUUGUAUUGAGCCAGAACUGUCAUUUUAUAUCUACUGUGAUAGGCAUGUUUAAUAGAGAAAAUAGUAGAAUUGGAUUUCCUGUGGCCACUUUAGUUUCCGAAACAAAGACUGAAGACCAAAGAGCUGAUGUUUGGGAACUGAUUUGGAAUUGAGAAAAUAUUUGUUUCAAUUUGAUAACUACUAUCAGAUAUAAUUAUACUGUGUAUCAUAUGUUGGCGAGAACUGUUGGUUGUCUUCAUUUUAGAGAACAGAUGAUGAUGCCAGCAUCCAUGAUCAAGUUAUAUGGUUAGUUAGGAACCAUGUGAAAACAUGAGUGUACUCAUUGUUUGAUAUGAAAUUAAUUACACAACAUAAAGAGCACAAUUCUUGAUAUUUGUCAGACUGUGUUUCUGAAUACAUCCCUACAUAUGAUACUUUCUUCUGUUCUAAUUGUACUCUUCCUGAUGUACUUGCUUUCAUGUUUAGGACAAACAUCAGGUUUCUUUCUGUAUGUCUCAUGCAAGGAAGUGCUUUUUUAAAAGCCAGCUACAAAGCUGAAAUUAUGAUUUGCUUUUUGCCUUACUUACACAGGAAUCUCCACACUAAUGGAAUUGAUGAUCUUCUACUCUUUGUGGCAUGUUCUCCAGACGAGGUAGAUAAUAACCAUGUUUAUUUUUGUAAUGUGCAGAACAUAUAUAUGAGAUUGACCAUCGUGAGCUUAAAUGAUUUAAGGGGUGUUGGUUUGAAUAAGAAUAGAACCAGUGGCCUUGUCUUGUGUAGAGUGUUAUAGCAUGUUCUCCACUUCCUUUAAACCCACAAAAGAUAAUUUAUAUAGCCCAUAUGCUCUGUGGAUAAAUGGUUGUUUACAAUGGGAUGAUGAUAAUUGCUAUCUGGAGUGCCUUUUUUAUUACUUAAGGGCCACUCUUAACUGGUCGCAUCUUAGCAAAUAUAUUAAUUUUGUCUUUCAUUUUUGUUAUCUUAUAAAAAAAUCUUUGUGAUGAUGCAUGUCAUAGUGAGGUAAUAAUUGUAAUAUUGAUAUUCUUUACCAAAUAAGUGUUCAUCAUCUUUCUUGUAGAGGCGAUGGAGUAUGCAUAUAUUAGAAAUUGUUUCACUGAUGCUCAGAGAACAGGUUAGUUUUCAAAUCUUGCAGAACGAUUGAGUGUGAGGGAGCCUGGGCUAUCUGAGAUGAGACUACAAAAUGGCAUGUGCUUGAGAUAGAGUGUGAAUUCCUUGAAUAUUAUUGGAGAUUGGGCUUUUACAUGCCUACAACCUGUAUAAACAUAUCUUUAAUCUGAAAUGACAACAAAACACAAUAGGAAAAGUGUUUAAAAGUGCAAAAGUUACACUGUAAUUCCCAAUUUGUUCAGCCUGUUGUCAGCGCAGAUUUUGCUCUGCUUUUUGUGUUUGUGGUAGAACCCAGAGAGUUUGGCAAAAGCUGGUGAGGGAAGAUCAAGAAGUGAAAAGAAGGAUGAUGAAAAGUAAGGAAGAUACAAAAAUAGUUCUUGUUCUAGGUUGUCUAAAUUUGUGUGAACCAAGAAUAGAAUUAAUUUUUUCAUUUUGAGUGUAGUAAAUUAUAGAAUUUAUGUUUCUCCAUUUCAUUGUUCCAUUGUAUUUACAAAAAUAAUCAAUCCUGUUUUUGUGGUUGUUCAGAUGGGAGUAGUUGUGAAAAGGGUCAUUAUUGGUGAUACUUACUGUCACUGACAUGUCACCUGUAUGAUGACACAGUGAUUGUGAUUGUUCAGGUGAGAGCUGUGGUGGCAUAGGGUUAGAUGAAAAAAAUUAUUGAUGGUGAUACUUACUGUUACUGACAUCUCACCUGUGUGAUCAUACUACAGUUCUUUCCAUUACCUAUGGCUUCAAAUCAACUACUGAAUACUCAUUUUACAAUAGAAUAAUCAUACAGUGUGAUUCCCAAUACUUCUAAGUGAAGUACUCAAAGAGAGUGAUUUUAGGCUUAUACUAUUUUGCGAAACGAAACGAAACGAAAUCGGGUCAGAUGAAAUAAAACAAAAGGAAUAAUGCAGAUAUAUUUUCUAAUAAGGUAAAGAUAACUUUCACAAGGAUUUUGAAGUAAUCGUUCAUUAACAAGAAGGAUUUUUAUUCAUUUCGCAAAAUAGUAAUUUUAGGAGAGUUACUAUUUUGCGAAAUGGACUAUUUUCACCCUGCGGUGACAACAUGACCUCUUUCAUGUCGCGAAAAUACAUUUAAACAUUACAAAUUAGUAUAUCAACGAAGAUUUUGGCCUCUUAUUUCUUAAACCGUAUUAAAAUGUAUUUCGCAAAAUAGUAAUUUUAGGAGAGUUGCUAUUUUGCGAAAUGGACUAUUUUCACCCUGCGGUGACAAUGUGACCUCUUUCAUGUCACAAAAAUAAAAAAAAAUAGAUAGUCCAUAGUCCAUAAAAAUAGUCCAUUUCGCAAAAUAGUAACUCUCCUAAAAUUACUAUUUUGCGAAAUAAUUAAACUUUGAUACGGUUUAAGAAAUAAGAAGAGGCCAAAAUCUUCGUUGAUAUACUAAUUUUUAAUGUUUAAAUGUAUUUUUAUGACAUAAAAGGGGUUACGUUAGUCACCGCUGGGUAAAAAUUGUCUAUUUCGCAAAAUAGUAACUCUCCUAAAAUUACUAUUUUGCGAAAUGCAUUUUAAUACAAAAAUAAAAAAAAAAAAAUAGUCCAUAGUCCAUAAAAAUAGUCCAUUUCGCAAAAUAGUAACUCUCCUAAAAUUACUAUUUUGCGAAAUGCAUUUUAAUACAAAAAUAAAAAAAAAUAAAUAGUCCAUAGUCCAUAAAAAUAGUCCAUUUCGCAAAAUAGUAACUCUCCUAAAAUUACUAUUUUGCGAAAUAAAUUUUGAAAGGGUUUAAGAAAUAAGAGGAGGCCAAGAUGUUCGGUGAUAUACUAAUUUGUAAUGUUUAAAUGUAUUUUUGUGACAUGAAAGAGGUCACGUUGUCACCGCAGGGGUGAAAAUAGUCCAUUUCGCAAAAUAGCAACUCUCCUAAAAUUACUAUUGUGCGAAAUAUAUUUUAAUACGGUUUAAGAAAUGAGAGGAGGCCAAAAAUCUUCGCCUAAAAUGUUUAAAUGUAUUUUCGUGAAAGAGGUAUACUAAUUUUUGUAAACUUUUAAAUAUAUUUUUGUGACGGUUUAAAAAUGAGAGGAGGCCAAAAUGUUGUGAUAUACUAAUUUGUAAUUUUUAAAUGUAUUUUUGUGGACGUGAAAAUUGUCACCGUUGAAAAUAGUCCAUUUAAGAAAAAUAGUAACUCUCCUAAAAUUACUAUUUUGUGAAAUACAUUUUAAUACAGUUUAAGAAAUAAGAAGAGGCCAAAAUCUUCGUUGAUAUACUAAUUUGUAAUGUUUAAAUGUAUUUUUGUGACAUGGAAGAGGUCACGUUGUCACCGCAGAGUGAAAAAUUCCAUUUCGCAAAAUAGUAACGCUCCUAAAAUUACUAUUUUGCGAAAUGAAUAGAAAUCCUUCUUGUUAAUGAACGAUUACUCCAAAUUCCUUGUGAAAGUUUUCUUUACCUUGUUAGAAAAUAUAUCUGCAUUAUUCCUUUAGUUUUGUUCUAUCUCACCUGAUUUCGUUUCGUUUCAUUUCGCUUCGCAAAAUAGUAUAAGCCGUGAUUUUACAUUGAAUUUGACUACUCUCAUUAUUAUCACAGGCAGCUUGAGAUCAUUCGGCAGCAAGAACUUGCAGAAAAGUUAAACAAUGCAAGGAAAUUUUCAGGAAGGUUAGUUACUGUAACAAAAAUAUUUGUUUUUACAGCUAUAUGUAAAGAAUCUGCCUUUCAAAGUUUGUUUAAUUCAAGUGGUCAUGAUAGGCCUAACCUUCAGUGCAGUUUGUUUUUAAUAUUACAAAUGAAUAGAAACUUAGAAACAUGACUGACCUGAAUUCAGAUGAUUUAGCUGCAGCUGUUUGUGAUACACUUUACUUUCCACUUUAGACAUUCCAGAUUUGGUGGAACAUUCUAUGUCCAGAAUAUGAAAUCCAUAAAUGAUAAAAAUCAGCUUGUAUAUCACAGACCACUUGCUGGUGAGUGUUAAUGCUUUACUUUCAGACAGAAUGAAGUUAAGAAACAAUGGUUUGUAUCAGUCACCAUAGAAAUGGCAUUUGGCCUGUGCAGAGUGGGUGCUGAAAGGUUCCUGGCACAUUAAAAAUCCAACCAGUUUUUAUUCUUGAGCUGCACUAUUGCGGGAGGCUCAAACUGAUUCCACCUCUUUCUGUUACAAUGUUAUUUCAUGGAUCAGAUACAUUUGAUAACCUUUAAAGUAUGUCCAGAGCCACUGCAAUCUUUUAAUAAUUUUAGGUGACUCUGAACAAAAUCUAAAAGAUUUCUUUUAUGAAAAAUUUAAAGAAUUAUGACUGAUGUUAUCAAUAACAAAAAUUGAGGUCACUGGAUUCAUGGAGGGGUAAGGGUAAGGGUAACUUGGUGGCAGCAUGUGCUGAAACAAUGAUCACAAUUUUUUCAUUAAUAAUUAGGAAUUUGAUUGAUACAUAUUGUCAAGAAAGCAUAUUUAAACUUGUGGUACAAUUAAUACAAAAAAGUGGUGACUGAAAGCCUCAAAACUGUAUCAGGCCAUCUUAAGACAUGUUGCUAGGGUCUGCAUCUCCUAGUUAGAGUUCGUUUUACUGUCAUAAUUUCCAUAGCACAUAUGAUUGACCUUGAAGCUUAGUAUAAUUAAAAUGUAUGGGUCAGUUUUGUUGUAUUCUAUUGAUGAAAGAUCUAAUGAAACAAUGCUUUCUUGCAAAACUAGAGGUGAAAAACAUGAGUUUUGACCAUAACAAAACAGCACCUAAGAAGAGGAAAAAGCAACUGCUUGCUAAAGAAAUGGGAGAAGAAAGGAGAUCUACUUUGAGCAUAAGGUACUUGACUUUGCAGUAGGUUUCUUAAUUAGAUUGAUGAACAUUGCAAUUUCCAAACAUGUGAUAGUCUCCCAACCAUCAGAAUGUAUUACUUUGGUUUUUUUUAGGCUGUUUUUAAAGAAUUUUUGUAAGGAGUUUCUGCAAAAUUGCUACAAUCCACUCAUGAACAUUGUAAAGGUAAGCUGCUUAAACUUCUUCAGUCCACAAUUAACACUGUAAAGGAUAUUAAUUAAAUGUAUAAAUCCAAGCACUUUCACAUUGAUCACAAUUUGCUUUAUUUUCAUGACUAGAUAAAAUGUAAUCAACCUUAAAAGCACUGUUUUUAAUGAAUGAGCUCUUUGACAAAAGUGAAUUCAUCUUCAAUACUCUUAGGAUAAUAUCAAACAUGGGAGAUCUCAAGAAAAUGAUGAAUCUUACUUCUUAUGGGCAAUGAGGUAUGAAUCUCUCUCUAAAAUUUUUCACUUCCAUCAAUUAAGUAGUAAAAUAUGCAAUUGAAUACUUAAAUCUUAUUUCCAAUUAAGUCUGUUGUUUUCAAUCUGUACUGUGCAACAUAGACACAAUUGUUUGAUAACUCACUAACAUUUUGGUAGUGCUAUUAAUAAAUUAUGCCAUGUCUAUUCUUUAUGCUGCAAAUCGCUGUUCCAGUAUUUAAGAUGCUUGCUCUGGUCCUAUGUUGAUGUAAAAAGCAUUACAGUUAAUAGCUAUAUUUCUUGCAGGUUUUUCAUGGAAUUCAGCAGACAUUAUGACUUUCGAGUGGAUUAUAUCAGGUACAGAUGAAAAACUUUCCACUAUUGUUAUCAAUUGAAACAUUUUCCUUUUUGUAUAAUUCUGUUUUAUUUCGUGUGAUACAUGUAGCUCAUUAUACAGUGGUGGGAGGGGUAAGAAUUAGUGAAUGAAGUGGGUGGGGUUAAGUGCCACACAACCCUAACCCUUUGUUGAUUUUUUUCUGUCUUUUUAUCACUCCUCUGUUUGAAAAUGUAUCAAUGUUGUAGAGAAAAGCCCUCUGUGGUCACUUUUGGGAUUGAAGGGGGGGGGGGGGAACUACCCCUCGCUCUUCACCUCAAACUUAGACCUGUAUAUUUUUAUUUAUUAGCACCAGUUGCAACCUUUUGAUUUUGUCACUUUUUUCAGUGAAACGCUCAGUGUGGUUACCUUUACUGACCUUUUAAAUGUCAUAGUCAAGUUUUAUGAUGGCUUGGAAUCAAACAAGAGUGAAGCCUCCAUAUGGGGGCGUAGGUAAGAAUAAGGAAUGAAACUUGGAGCUUUUUGUCACAGAAAUCCUGAUCUGUACCAAGGAGGAAGUUCCUGGAUCCAAAUCCAUCUAUUAUUGACUGGCACCUUUGGUUUUUUCAUGUAUUAAAAGACAAUAACAUUUUUUCCAAGAUUUUCUGUGAUUAGUUAGAUUGUGGCAUAUUUUAAACUCAUUUAUCUGCAUGCUACUAUAGGAUUGCUAAACAAUAAUAACUUCCAUUUGAUAAUUGUUAACUUAUAUGCUAAAAUUAGAUGUAAGCAGUGUAAAACUAUAAAUAGUAAAAGCAAUUUGUGAUUUAGUAUUGUAGAACUAAAUCCAAUUUGAAAGAAAUCAUAACAGCCAAUUAGAAGGAAUGAAAAUUCCCUUUAAGAGCCAAUGAAAUCCCAGUGUAAAAACAGGCGAACUUCUAAAAGUGUGAAAAGGCCCAGGAGUGACUAAGUUGUGAUUGUUUUAAGUUUUGCAUGUGAUUUGUUGAGAGAGCAAGGAAAGUUUUGUGGACAAAUCACAGAGUGACAUAAGGCAAAACCAAUGCAAUCCCAAAUUACUUUCAACAUUCAAUUGAAAAUUGCUCUAAACACAGAUUAGCUACUUUGGUUACCAUACUUAAUGUGUAUAGAGACAGAAAAUUUUUGAGCUUAUAGUAGUUGGAUGAGUCAAUAGCUGAAAAAGGAAAGCUUCUAAGUCCCUGGCAUGAAUUUGAACCUCAGAUCAGGGGUCACUGCAGUCUUAUCCUUUACCACUGACCUACAAUGAACUUAUUGGUUCAUGGAAAGUGGAGGAGUAUCCAAAGUUAAGAAUCAACAAUCUUUUUUUUUAAUUAUAUGUUUCCUCAGGCUUCACCUUGCAAUUCAAGCUUAUAAAGAAUUGUUGAUCAACCUAACAUUCAUGGAUAAGUCUGAGGAUGGAAGUCUGCAAGAAAAUACCAAGAUUAUUAAAGGUUGAAAGUCACUUUUGUCUCAGUGGUUGUCACCUCAAAAGUGCAAAAGGAAUCUUAUUUACUUUAACUAACAACUGUAACUUUGUGACUAAAGUUCAUAAACUUUCUCAACUGGGUAGUUAUUUUUGAGAUGUAGUUGAUGUUUCUAAAACAGAAACUUGUGUUGUCUGUAUAGCUUGCCAGUCCAUGAUAACCUUACAUUUGGGAAGGCUGUAUAAUCCUUCCACUGCCCAUGCCCUAUAAAUUGGGUUUAUCGUUGCGCAUCAUACUAAUGUGGUUCUUUUUAUUUGUCAGCUUUGAGUGCGUCAUGUAUGUUAUUAUGUAGUGCACAUAUGAAUAAACAGUUGAAAAAAUAUACUGUUAAGGGAAAGAAAAGGUAUACAGUGUCUUUCUGCUAUUCAAGUUUUUAUUUCUGAAUUUUUUACUGAUUCUAUUUUAGGAAAUAUUUUCUACACACCAGAAUACAGAGAUACCUUUCUGAGUCUUAUAAGGAAGUUUAACAUGACAAUACAGACAAAGUGAGGGGAAUACUUUUGUUGUUGUUGUUGUUGUUGUUGUUUUUAUUGUUAUUUUUAUUGUUAUUGUUGUUGAAAGCUCUUUCACUUUAAGUCUAAGUAUAAUGUAUUUAGAUAUGAUCUAUUUUUACAUAGGAUAAUACUUGUUAUGCUAAUGGAUUGUGAUUAUAUGGUGUAUGCUUUUCUUUAGGAGCUACCUGCAAGACUUGAUUGAAGCUUUCCAUAUCUUCUUGAAGAUGUUAGAAAAGUACUGCUCUGGAAAAACUCACAUUGUAGUCAAGGUAACUUCUUAACAACAGACAUCAUGAAAACUCUGUAAUUCAGUUCAUUAUAAUUAACUAAAUUCAUUAAAUUCAUCUUAAAAGAUGACUAAUGGAAUUGUGAUGUUGAUCUAUUUUUGUUUUCCCUUUAGAAAAAGAAGAAAAUUUCAAAAAAGAAGAAAAGAAAUCUGUCAUCAGGUGAGUUCAUUUUGUUGUUUUGUUCCUCAAUUCCCUAUAUUCAUUACUCAAUAACAAAAAGGUUUAAUUUUUUUGUUUUUGAGUCAAGAAAUGAAUCCCCCAUUCCCUUGUUGCAGUUCCAGUAAACUUGACACCAGAGGAAAGUGAAGAGAAGUGGCAGGAACUGGCUUCUGAUCUCUCAGCCACACUUCAAGGACAUGCAGGGGACAUUCCUAAUUCAGUUGUUCCCUUUGAUGCUGCCUCGGAAAUCCCUGUUGAUGAACAAAAGUGAGUUAACAUACAAACAGGAUAGGCUGCAUAUACUGCUGACCCCUUGUUCUUAAUGUCCCUUAGGGAGGGUGGCUAAGAGGUAAUGCAUGAUGUGGGAAUAAGGCCAAAAUGAGCAUGAAGCUUAAGUAUUCAUGAACCAUGAAUUUUUCAAAAAAACCACAAGAUAUCCCUGAAAAAUUGUGCUAAUGAAGAGAAAUUUGAAUGUUUCCAUUUAAAUUUGUGACACCCAAAGUACUGUUUAGAAUAAAAGCAACACACAUGAAAACUUUUGUGGGAAAUGGGAUUAGAACACUCCUUUGCUAUUCUCCUGAAGAAACUUUAAUCUAGGAGUGUGAUGGAAACUACACAAAGACAUAUUGCCAGGACUGUAUGCAGUUUUAAGAGGAUGGCUCCUGAGGUAACAAAAGAUUAGAAAAGUGUUACAGUAUUCCUCCUUUUGGCUUAUGAUUUGUGUCCCUUGCUUUGACUCUGACUCUGACACCCUCACACUCUGACAUCAAGGCAUCUUGGUUACACAGGUUAUUCAAUAACCAUGUAUUUGUUUCCAGGACAAAUGCUUUAUCCCAAAUUCAACAGUUUCUUAGAGGUCAUCUUUGCAGAGAGGCUGUGGCAAUGCUCAGGGCGGCCAGGUAUGAUCAACACUUACAGCAAUUAUACAUUGGGAGUGGAUAAUCAGAAGUGUGCCACUUACAUUGACACAGAACAAUUAAGGUAGUAUAUAAUCAAAUCUUUUCAUCCAUCAUUGUUUCCUAUUGAAUCUGGUUCUUUCAUUAUUCCAAUUCAGAGAUGUUUGGCCAGAGGAUGAUCAUUUUGGUUCAGUUGGAAUCAGUGCAGAGGAUGAGUUCAUGUGUUUGUCUGAUAUCUUCAAAAUGGAUCUUCCCUCCGGUAAGGGAGAAAACAGGCAUAAUUUUGACUCACAAUCAGACAGCAUGCCUAAGGCUCUUGAUAAAUGAAAUGGUCAGUCAAUCAGCCAAUUUUUCACUCUUUCACUGAGUGAGGGAGUCAGUCUUCAGUUACUUAGGUGUGAUUUCCACAGUUCUGGUCUUCAAUCAUCCCUGUCAGUAAUGUUUCAACCAAUUUGAGGCUUUGACAUUCCCUCUGCCCUCCCCCCCCCCUGUGCAACUCCCUGGGCCUUUGGACUUUUGAAGAUUAUUUUUUACAAAUUCCCCCUCUUCAAAUGUCUCACCCACUUUUUUGUCAAAGGCUUUGAUCUUGUAGACCUUUCCUUCUGAGCCAUUCACUAGCUGCAAAUUGAUCAGUGCAUAAUCAAGCCUCUUAGCCAGUCAGCCUGUCAAUCAGCGUGCAGCCAGUUGGUCAGUUAGUCUGUCAGAUAAUCAGUCAGUUGGUCAGGCUAGGCAGUUGAUCAGUCAGUCAGUUAUUGUUUCAGCCAGCUAGCAGUCAGUCUGUUAUUCAGUCAUAUAGUUAAAUUUAGUUUUCAUCCUGUAAUGAGGAAUAAUUUAAAAUCGAUGUGGUUUACCAUUUUGCUUUUCCAGUGCUUGUAAGGACUGAGAAUGAAGUGGAAGAAGAAGAUGAAGAGGAAACCAAGCCAGGUUAGUUGGACUUAAUUAAAGCAAUACAACUCAAUUUUGUUUCAAAUGGAAAUAAAUCAGUUUUGAAGAAGGCUUGUGCUUCACAUGACAGAAGAUGAAGAGAUGGCAGCAGUGCAGACACAUGAAGUGGAGUUCAGCAUCCAGGACUUUUUGAACAAGUAUGUUUUAUAUUAAAUGACACAUUUAAAAGAGAAUGUGGUCUACAAACACCAUUUGUUGUUGUUUUUGUGAUUUUUCCCUUUUAAAUGAGUAUACGAAAAGACUGGGGUGGUUGUUUUUUAGACUUGCCACUCCAGCUCUUCUCCAACCAUACUGCUGGCUUUUGAAAUAUUACAAAGAGAACAAGGACACAACAAAUCAUGCCAUUAUCAAGAUGCUUCACCGAGUUGCUGUUGACCUCAAGACACCUGCCAUGCUGUUUCAGUUGUCUCUGUUUUGCACCUUCCAAAAGAUUCUCUUUGAUCCAGCAGCAAAUCAAUACAAAGUGAGUUCCAUUUUCCCUCCCAUUUGAUAAUUUAAAAUUUUUAUCAGUUUGUUGUCAGUGUUUAACAAAGCAAGGAAUGAGUCAUGAAUUACUCAGAAGCCAUCAUAAAACACAUGCACAGAAGGAAAGUGAACAACUUUAUCAUACUUAGUAGCUCAACAGAGUUGCAAAUCUUUGGUAGCUCAUCAACGAAAACAAAUGGUGUUAGCAUAGGUGGAAACUAUGUUGUGACUACACGGUAGAAGCAGGUGGAAACUAUAUUGUGAUGACACAGUAGAAGCAGGUAGAAACUAUAUUGUGACUACACGGUAGAAGCUGGUGGAAACUAUAUUGUGACUACACGGUAGAAGCAGGUGGAAACUAUAUUGUGACUGCAUGAUAGAAGCUUUUAUUUGAAAUGUCUUUCAGUUCUGAGGACAAAUCAAUAAGAAAAUAAAAAUACUUAUUCCUAUUCUAUUCCUACUCGCAGGAAAUGGUUAAGUUUUCUCGGUACAUUGUUUCCAAGUUUUUUGAGUUGUUACCCAAGAAUCCUGCGCUAGUAGCUGAGCUUGUGUUGUGGAAGAGUUCCGGAGACUGUUACGAGAUAGUGGAGGGUUACGGUAGUUUAGCUCUGAGGUAAAAAAAUUUAUAAAGUAUUUUUAUAAGAUUGGUACGUGGAAAAUCAUGUUUUUAAGUAUUACAAAAUAGAAUACAACACAAGAACUUUUCCCUGGAAUACUAAAGCGCUUUCCCCAUUUGGGACACAUUGAUGUUUUAAAUCAGGUUCCGUCAAAUGAGAUGGAACUUCUGUUUUUCUUUUUUUUAUAGUACGCUCAGAAUUUGAAUUGAAAUGUAUGCCGUCAUUUUAAGGGCUUUCCUUUGGUAAUGUUAAAGCAAAAUAAUGCUACAUUCUUGAAAGGUAUGACCAACCCUAUCUGUAUAAAGCCAUUCCAACUAAAAAAUUCAAUCAUUUGCUAGAAAUGCCAGUCAAAGUUCCUCAGUGUGGACAUUUGAGGAGGAGGAAGAGUUACAUGAACUUUAUAAGGAACAUAAAGACUCGGAUGGUAUGUAAUUUAAUCCGCCUCUUAAAGUAUAAUGAGCUGAAAUAUGUAGGCAUUUUGAUUGGAGGAUAGACGCAUAGAUGACGUCACCCUAAACAAUGUUUUGCUUUAAAGGUGGACUUGUUCUGUAAAAGAUUCUGAGGACGUAAAAAUAUGGAAAGAGCAUUAUUGACGCACUAAACUGCGCCAACAACUUUUGUGUUCCUACCUCAUUAUGACGUGGACUGAACAGACGCAUGACAACCAGGAACCUAUGAGUUAACCCUUUACUCCUUAUCAUCGUUAUGCAUUAAUUUUCUCUAUACUGUUCUCUAUACAUUUCCUAAGGUGCUAACAAGGAGAAUUUGUUUAACAAUCAGGAACUUCUUUAGUUGAUAAUCAUUUCCUUUAUGAUGAUCAUGAUCAUGAGUGAUAUUUCAAGGAGAAAUUAGACGCUCGUCACUCGUAGGGGUUAAAGGGUGUAGGUCACCUAGAACUUUAUUAUUGGUGUUGGGUAAUUAUUGUGUGAUUUAAACAGAUAUUGUAGAUACCAUCAUGGAGAAGAUGUCAAGUGAUACCAAGAGCAGGCGACAGGUGAUCUACUAAUCUCUGCUUGUUCAAUAUUUUAACUUGAUACCAGCAUCUGAUAUUAGGAGGUCUGUCUUAAAAGUGAUAUUCACAAAAAGCGACAGAAACCCGAGGAAACUUUAUGUUGCAGAAUUCAUCUCUGAAAAUUACAUGUUUGCAUCAACCUAUCGACAUUCCUCAAGUUUAAUUUACAAUUUGUUCAAGCAGUUCCUCGGGUAUUUCUGAGUUUUAUUUGAUUUACAGUAACAUGAACGUCUUUUUGAUCAACUUAGUAACAGUAGUUUUCAAUAACGUGCUACAUCCUUGUAAUAGAUGAAUAGGUUGAUUUCCAAAACAAAUUACUUAACAGUAAAUGUCAAGAACCCUUAAAGAUAUAUAUUUUCAUGGGUUCAUAACACUGCUGACUAUUACUUGUUUCAAAUUGCAGAUCAUGAACAAGCUUGUUGCAAUGAAGCUGGUUUUAAGCAGAAAGGAAUUGACCAAGUAUGUUGGAGCUCGAUCUGUUAGUUUACAGUUCUAGCUGGGGAUGUCAAUGAUUGCUUGUGUAUGUUCAUGGUUGUAGAAGUUUCAAUUUUACAUUUAAAUUUCAACUGGUCUGAGGACAUGUGUGUCAUACGUUAUUUCCUCAGAAGGCCAGUUAAGAAAGGAGUGUGGUCUGAGGAAGAAGUUGAACAGCUACGAGCUUUGUAUGAGGAAUAUAAGAAUUCAUUAGAACAACAAGGUAAUCCGUCAGUUUUGUCCAAGGAAGCAGUAAUGUCUAUUGGAACACAGAAUCGUGACUACAAAAAUAUGUUAGGGGUUUUUGGAUAACAACACGUUCUCUUUUUCCCUCUUCCAAAUGUGGCUCUUUUACCUUUCAUGGAUGCCCACUUGGAUGGACUGCAUCCAACUUUUAUGUUUUAUUACCAGGAAGGAUCGGUUUUGUUUAUCUUCACGGCGCUUUUUUAAAUAUCAGUAGAGUUGCAUUCGAGUCCAAUCCCACGGGCAACUUUGCUCUUUAUUUUGGUUUUGUUCCAUUCGUCGCCAGUUUGCACUGGUGGCAGUGAGACGGAUUCCCUGAGAACCCUCCGAAAGUUUUUGUGAUCUGGAACUUAAACUAAAUUAUUGGUCUGCUAUAAAAGAGACUAACAGAAUAUCGAUCGAGUGGCUUUGAUUUUUUUUGUCAGAUAUUGUGGAGAAGAUAAUGGAGCAUAUGCUGAAUGGCUCACGGACGAGACGUCAGGUAUAUAAACACACCUCCGUCUACUUUGUCAAGUGUUGUUUGAAAGAGCGAGUAGCGUUGGAAUUGAUGUAUCGCAAAUUCACCCAAACUCAUUCUGUGUUUGUGUUUGUGAUAGAAAAUAGGUCACUUGUAGCAUGUCUCGUGUAAAUGUGAUGAGAACAAGAAAGUUGGCCCACAAUCCUGUAGGCGAGUGUGUCACUGAUGUGCACACCACAUGUUCAAGUAUUUUUUUAAAAAAACUCUCUCUAAUUUAGCGAUAUUUGCUGACCCUUAGAUCAAAUAUUUUUCUCCAGAUGGGAGAAAAACAUCUGAUUCAAGUCAGAUUUUUAGCGUGAGCCUUACAAAUUUGACUUGAACUUAUUUAAAUGUUGUUUAUAAUGAUGGCAGUGAAAGUCCCACAUGAUCUAAGAACUGUUUGAUUAAAUUACUUAACAAGUUCCUUGAUAAAUUUUUCUUGGUCUUCAUUUAUCUGCAAGGUCUUAAAUUGUAUUAUUAUGAUAAUCUUUAGUAUUACAAAUGUUCCCUUAAAGAAACAGACGGAUCAUCAGUGACCGCAAAUUCAUCAUUUGUAGGUUAUAAAUCAACUGGUGAACUUGGGACUCGUCGAAGACCGAAAGAUGCUUCAUAAGAAAAGGACGAAAGGAAAUAAAAGGAAGAAGCAAAAGAAUAAUGGAUUUAUCGUGGUAAUUUAGUCAUGUUUGGAAGUACUCUGUGUCUGAGAUAUUGUUCCAUGCACUCGACUUUAUGGGGUUAGAAUCGUCGAUAAACUACAUCUUUUGAUCUUUGAACAGGGAUGGACUGCUAUCGUUACUUAUUGUUAGAAAUUCGCACCGUUGUCAAUUUUUCAGGAGACAGCAUCGAUCUUCUCAUGCUUGUUACUGACCUAACGCAAUGUUGUGUUGUCAUAGCUACAAAACCUCGAUCAGUCCCGAUUUUAAAUCUGUUACUACUUAAUUUCUUCUAACCGUUUCAGCUUUCAUUUGGGACUAGAACUGAUCUUAUAAUGAAUUACAAAACAACGCAUUUCCAAAUUUUUGUUGCUACAAUUUUAGUAUAACAUGUUGGAUUACUUCUGUGAAGUAUUUUUUGUCAUGGCUUUGCUCUUUAGAUCAUGGAAAACUUUUCACACCUACUUACUUAACGAGAAGAUGAAAAUUGUGCUCAAAAGCAUCACUUUUACCACCUCCUUUUACACUUUUUUGAGGAACAUAACAGCUCAUCAGUUAUUUUUUUAGGAUGACGAGGAUGAAGGCAGUGAUAGUGAAGGUAACUUAAAUAGCGGAUGAAGUUUUGUAAACUACUGGUUGUUGCGUCUAACAGUUACAUACGUAUAAUGGCCCUGAGCUCAAAGAAAAAAAUUUGAAGAGUAUUUAGGCCUCAAUUUUUCCGUUUUCAAAAAAGUUUUCUCUUCUUUUUUGACGUGAUGUUUUCACUGGGGAUAAGAUAUGUGCUAUUUCGGUGCAUUCUCAGAAAAAAAAAUUAGUAUGGUUCUGUGCUCGUUAGUGUGAAUGUGAUAUGUCUGGUUGCAUUGUUAACCAUAAAUGAUGUUUCUUUUUUUGUUGUUCAGGUGGCGAUGCCGUCGAGGAAGGCUUUGAUCAUCCGUUUUCAGAUGAAGAAGAGUCAACAUCUGAUGAUGAUGAUGAUGAAGAAGAGGCUGAUAUCAGUGAAGGAUCCCUGAAUAACAUCAUUACCAAACUGACAAGCACAGGUAUGGAAGCUCUUAAGAUGCACAGAAUUCCACAGAUUUAGAAGAAACCAUUGCUGGAACGAAUUCCAAUUUUCUCUUGUGUUCUUCUCUUUGCGAAAGAUUCCAAAAUUGAUAUUUUUAAGGGUUGAAGGAGCAGUUACUGUGGAUUCAAUCCAAACUUCUCAGGACAGCUGAUGAUAGAGAAAGCACAGGUAAAUAUUUCUGACCUUCUCUGAGCAUUUUACUAUGUAAAGAUUUACCGAUCAGUUAUGUUGAAGAUUAAGUACACUCCUGUGUUUGCUUACAUAAAGCAGUUAAUUUCAUUCGCUCAGUUGUGUGUUUGCUUGAAAAAAUUGUUUGCAUUUUAUUAGAAAACAGCCAUUCUAUUUGUCCAGCCCCUUAGAAUUCACCAACUGGGAAAGCUAUUAACGGCUUCUUUCAUAUCCUCAUCUCCAAACCGCUGUUUUCUCUGAAGAGCCCAACUAAAUUUGAAAAGAACACAGUCAAACCUCCACUAACAGCCGCCUCUCAACAACGCCCGAAUAGCUUGCGUUGUUUUGUUUUGGUAACACAAUUCACAACUUUUUAUCCAUUUGUACAUUUCGCUGUUUUUCAAAGAUAAGGAGAAAUGGCAGCCACUUCCCUUGGUGACGAUCACAGAGGAAAACGAGGAGGCCCUGGGUAACAAGCUCUUCAGGCAAGCACUUAAGAAAAUUGGACUGAAGCCCCCAGCUAAUGAACAGGUCAGCUAAAUGUCUCAGAGUUGUGAUAUCAUAUAACGGAUGACUGAUUUGUCAGAGGGUACCUUGGCUUCGUAGCACAAACAUUUUCUCGCACCACAAAACCAACAGUUUAGUACACCAGCGCACAUUUGUCAAUCAUUUGUUUUCUUGUUUCAUUCGUCAGGAAACAUUCUGGAGAAUUCCAACAAGGCUCAACCCAGAAAGGCUACGAAUGGCUGCUAAGGACCUUGAAGGGACUGGUACUGGUGAUAACGAAGAAGGUAGAAAUGUUCAUCUCUUGAUUCUCCCUUUCUUGGAAAAUUUUCGCCCGUAAGAUUCUUGUCUGGUUGUAAUCAAAUCAGAGCGAGCCUUUGACUAGAUCGGAAGUCAUUAGGUCAUGCAUUGAAUCAUACUCUUAGUGGAUGGUGGUUCAGUAAAAGUUUGGUUCAGCUAUCUUUCCUUAUGAUCGUUCCUCCAAUAGAGCAGUUUUCAACUGAGUUUCGAAAGUAAUCCGGGAUUGCUCUUGGUUUACUAAACUUUGCUCUAUGAUUGGUCCAGAAAACUUGUGCCAUCCUCUCAACCAAUCAGAGGAAGGAAAAACUAAAAACAUUCGCGACUUAAUCAUUAGUCUUUGGAUGAUGAUAAUGUAAACCUUGUUCUUAGUGGUUGCUGCUAUAACCUCAAUACUCUAUUGAAAACUGCUCUGAUAUGCAAUCCUGUAGAGAAAAUAGACAAAUGUUCUUCGUCCAAUAUUUAUUAUUGUGUUGGGGUGUGCCGACAGUAAAUCGUUUACUUGAUCAAACUCUCUUUUUGGUCAGAUGUUGCUCUACAUUCAAAACAAAUUAGUUCAAACAAUCCAUAGAGAAAGCUGUUUUUCGUUUUGUAAGUUUUCCACAAGAAAUUGAACCUCAGACCUUCUCUAGAGAGAGAUACUGUAGUCCGAUGCUCUACCAGGCCCAUAACUGAAGGCCCAUAACCAGGUUUAUUUUUUCGUCCUUUAAUUCAAAUCACUUUAUUAUUUAUCAUUUUUAUUUGCUGAAUGAGUUCUUUUUUUGUAUUUUAAACAACAUUAAGCCGACAAUACAGAUCCUGUGACACCGUCAGCCGGUAGUAAGAGUAAGUCACGUAAAAAGGCUUUAGCUGCCCUUGCCGCCGCUGCACGGGAAAACAACGGAUCGGCGUCAAGGCGGAAGCGAAAAGAACGCAAACGGACUGGACUGGAAAACGGUAGACGAGGCGGAAAAGAUUGGAGAAAAACAGUGAGUGGUGUGGCACCAGACGAUAACCCCGGCCAUGACAGUGACAGGUAUGUGUUAGUCUUGAGUAAUAUCAGCUAAAUUUAAGUCGGCACCGUAAUCACCUUUGGGGUAUCCCAUGUUUUGGUGUGUGAAUGCAAGCCGUGAAAAAAAAGGUUCUUCACUGAGUGACUUACAUUUGACCAAUUUGAUGCAAUCAACCAGACAUGUCAUAAGUGGCAUAAGAAGCAGUUUCGUUUCCAGUUGACGUUUUCGUCCUGGACUGUCUCUCAUGGAAAAAGGACACAGGAGACAAGAUUGCACCAGCCUAGGAAAGAGCGUGGCCUAAAACUUUGUUGUGUGUAGUAAUUAGCCAGAUUUCGGUGUUUUAUCAUUCACAGAGAGAAUUAACACAAAAGUAUGAAAGCUUAUUUCACCUGGUAAAUAAGUGUUCUGUUUUUGUUCUUUACAAUAGUGAAGGUGCAGGUGAAUUAAAGAGCACGGCUGAAAAAGAACCUCGAUCUCCCUCAUCCCCAGGGGCACAAAAUAGCGCCGACAAGAAAGAAUCUUCAAAACGAGGUAAACGCCGAGUUAGAGCGCUGGAUGAUAGUGAUGAAGAUGAUACUGAAUCAGAAAGAGGCCUUCACAAUGGACAUGGCGAGUUUAACGCGAGUCUAGAUGAUAAGGAAAAUAAGGCUACUAGCGGGAAUGCUGCUGCGUCGAAUAGUGAUUUAGAAUACAGCAGAAAUAUUUCUGAUUCAGAGGAUGUUAAUUACAACCCCAGUGGGGUCAGACACACUGAAGCUGGCAAGAAAAGAGCAAGAGAUGAUGACAGUGAUGAACCUAGUGAUGAUGAUGAUGAUGACGACGAGAAAUUUAACUUGCCAUUGAAUUCUCACAAAAAAGCCAGGCGUAUUGUUGUUGACGAUGAUGACGAUGAAGAGUGA